GUGACGAUCACACACGUGUGCGAGGUUGCGCGUCACUGGUCGUUAUUUUACGUAAAAUACCUGAUUAUAUUAGGCCAGUAAACAAUGUACAAUGAUCCAUUAAUAAGUGUGCGACUCAACUACCAACACGAAGUGUACAUACACUAGUAGCAGAGUAGCCACAUUGUAACCAGCUGUACCUUCACUUACUGUAAAAAUAGAACUCUACUGCUACCAGAUUGGCAACACUGUUUUACUUUAAACUCCUUCAGACAUGAGAAUGAAAAUGGCCAUUUAGCCUGCUGGUAUUUACUUUGAUAAUACUUUCAUUAUUCGAUUCGGAGUGUAGGAACGUUUAAAAUCCCCUUACUGUUACCGUCAGUAAGUUAUUAAGCAGACUACUUUAAUAUCAGUGCCAUGUACCCGAGUGGUAGAAAUACCUCAGGGCUUACGGAUGUGUCUGUCAAUACAAAACAUGUCGAGCCGUGUAAGGCAUUCGACAAAGAAACUGGAGUUAUCUGUAAAGAAACGGAGGGUCUUCGAAUCCUCGAGGAAUUUCAAAAACUUUACCAAUCUCGUAUUGAGCAAAUCGAUAACGAAGCAACGUCACAAGCUGAUCGUACUUCUAUGAAACUACAGAUAAUGACAGAAUGGAUUAAAGAUUUGGGAGAACAAAACUUAAUGUUAGUACGUACCGUUGAAGACUUGGAAGAAACAGCUUGUCAGAGGGUUAAAAUGCUGGAGGAGAAAUUGCUGCAAACGGCCGGUAUCGUAGGACAAAAUAUUGUUUGCUCCAAUCAUUCCGUUGAGACCCUGAAUUCGUUAAAUGAUCGCAUCAAUCAAUUGGAAAAGGAUGAAGUUAACUUACAUCGGAAAAUCGAAUACCUGCAAAGCGACAUUAGGGGUUUAUUGGAACUUAUACGACGAGGACGUCAAGAAAAUUGUUGGAGUUUGGAUGGCAUUACCUUUUUUGAGAUUCGACCUGAUGAUAUCCCACCUCCAAUCGAUUGCACCUGUGGCCAGGAAGAAGGAGAUGGUGAAGGUGUACAGCGUCUAAAAGAGCAACUGAUAAAAAUUCAGGAAAAAGAAAGGAAUGCUGUUCAGUGUCAAGCACAAUUGGAAGAAAAAUUGGCAGAAUUAAACAGAAAUGUGCUCACAAAAGAAGAAACGAUAAAGCAAUACGUGUCGAAACUACAAAGGCUUCGAGAUAAUCUAAUGAAGCGAUCCAGAUUAGGCAAUUGCAUUGUGUCUAACUCAAAUACAACGGGCAUCAACCAUGAUUCUGAUAUUGACACAAUAGCCGAUAUUGUGGAAAGUGCCAUAAUCGCAAGAAAUCUAGAAGACGACAGUUUGUAUCAACAACUACAAGCUGCAGAGGCAAAAUUAAUUAAGAUUACUCACGAAAAGGACACUGAAUUAUCUACACUGCGUACACAGCUCGAUGAAAAGAAUAGGAAGCUAGAAGAAAUUGAAUAUCGAUUGGCUUACGCGCAAAAAGAAUCGCAAGAAACACGGGAAGCUUUAACUGCGGAAGUUGCAGAGAAACAUGAUCUCGUCAUGACACUCAGGAAAGAAGUCGCCCAGUUAGAAGAACAGUGUCGGCAAGCAAACAUGCAAACUCAUUUUAAAGACGACAUUAUCAAGGAGAUGAGGAAGGAAUUGAAACAAACGACUCUCAAGGAAACGUGCCCUUCUUCUCGAAGAGUUCGAAUUAAUACGGAACCUUGUGUGGAGAGAUACUCUUCUUCUCGCUCGGACACAUCCUGUUCAUCAUAUAAGGAAGACGAUUCGGCAAAUAUAUAUGAAAGUUCGAAAGAGGAUCAGAUUGUAUCAUACUUAUCCAAAACAAAAGCAUUAAUGGAAAAGGAGAAAGAUACUCUUCUUGACUUGAAGGCAGAAUUAGAGUAUAUUCUACAGGAAUUUAAUGUUAAGGAAAAUCAGAUCGUUGAACAUGAUCUAGUAAUAGUUCAUGAGAAACUGCAGGACAUUGAACUUCUGCUUCGGAACUAUAAAACACAAGUCAUUGAUCAUCCUGAAUCUACAGAAUGUGGCGAAAACUACAUAACUACUGCGGAAGAAAAGGUGAUCUGCUUAAAAAAUAUACUGCGUGAUGCAUACAUGAAAUCAGAUAAAAGCAAUGACGCUUAUCGACUGGAAGAUAUAACGAGAAAAUUAUCCUCUAGCGUUCAGGGUAUUUUUAAAAUCUGUACUGAAACAGAAAAGGCUAUUGCUCUUUUGGAUUGUGUGAAGCAGAAAUAUAAUGAAUUCGUUUUUCCCGAAAGCGGUAAAACGUACUACGUAACAGCGGACCAAAAGGAUUCCUAUUUGUUAGAUGAAUGUAGCCGAGAGUUGAAGAAUGACAUAAAUACGCGCUGCGUUCAACAAUUUCGAAUUAUGGAAGAAUUUAGAAUAUGCACAGUAGAGGCUCAAGCAGCUACUGAGGACUUACAAGAAGAAAUAGCUACCGUUAUCACCACCUUUAAUGUUCGCCAUGAAAGAUAUUUAGAACUGCACAAAAUGGUGACCGAAGUCCAGGAUCAUUUAGCGAAGACAAGAGAAAGUAUAUCUGAUGCGAUUAAUCGUCUGGAAUUGCAGGAAGAACAAAGAGUAAAGUUUAACGACAGAAUUAUUAAUGGUAGAGCGAGACUAAAAGAUAUAAAGAAUGAAUUAAAUCAAACCAGAUGUGAUGCAUCUCGAUACAUGUAUGAUUCAAGAGAUAGUGCGCAGGAAUGUUCGCUUCCAAAUCGUAUAGACACGCGCACUUGCCGCGAUCUAUUUGACAUUGUAGGAGAUGAAGUGGAGCAAGUUGUGAAUACUUUACAAGUAUUUCAAUCUCAGGGCUGCAUAACUACAUCACUAUUAGCCCAAUUAAAGAGUCAGUUAUACAGCGUGGAGGGUGAUUUAAAAGAUUUACAAAGAAAAGCAGAUGAGAUUUUAUCAGACAAUGAAGCAGCACAACAGAAGUUCUGUAAACGAGCAGCCAGGAUAGAAAGACUGGAGGCAGAACUUGAUUGCACUCACGUUAAAAUGCAAGAUAUUUUGGAAAACUUCAUUGCUUCAAAAGAUAUUGUCAGUGACCAAUGUGAAUAUCCAAACGAAAAUCAAUGCCAAAAUCAGGUUCCGCGCGGUUUACCAGAGGAUGAAGAAACAAAUGAAUGGCAAUAUCGAGUAGUUGAUUUGCAAGAACAGGUUAAGAAAUUACAAAACGAGAUGAAAUGCAGACAGGAUACUAACACCAUCUUAAGGCAAAGCUUAGAAACAAUGGAAAUAGAACUAGCCUCUGCAUUAUCUAAAGUCGAAGCACACAAAAGGUCGUGUUUAGAUAAUUCUGAAUUGAAAAGGAAAAUUUCCGAACUAGAGUCUACUGUUAAGAUGCAAAAGGAAACCGAAGAUGUUCUUAGAAAGAAUUUAACAUGCAGUGAAAUAGAACUUAAAAAAUCAAAAGAACUUCUUGAUUCUUUUAAAUAUAAUGAACCCAACUCCGACGGGCUGAUUUUUCAAUGUAGAUUUCCACUUACAUGCCAGCUUGAGAAUGUACCGCAACCUUUAAAAGGAUUGCAAGAUGUAAUGGAAUUAUCAAGAACUGGUCUUCAAGAUCUUGGAAAUGAAUUGAAAAAGCUGAAGAAUGUGGUAUGCAAAGAUUCGUUUUGUACAUCAUCAGGACCUGUUAUGGCAGCUUCUAAUAUAUUAGAGAAGCUUGCACAAGCCGUGGAAGAUUGUUUGACUGAAACGGAUAAACUAAAACACGUUUUAACCUCGAAAGAUAAACUAUUACAGGACAAGGAUGAAAUCAUCAGAAUUCAAGACAAUUCUAUAAGAAUCACACAAACUGAAUUAAAGGAUUUGCAUAGGAAAUUGCAAGAACAGAUCGAUUUACAAACUGGUAUCGUCUCGAUGUAUGAAAAGGAUCAAGCGUUUUGGCUUAAGCAGAUUGAACAACAUACCCAGAGUAUUGAAACAUUACAAAGUAUCGUUGCCGAUGCCAAAAGAUGUCUGAAUGAAAUUGAAAACAAAGCAGUUAGUGAUCCUUUCAAAACAAAUGAAGACAUUCGUGUCUUGUCUUUGUACCUAGCUGAAACAGAGAAUCAAUACAAAGAAUGUUUCGCAGAGGCUGCCAGUCAAAGUACUCUCUUAGAACUUCAACGAAGUGCCAUCGAUAGCCUGCAAGAGAAGAUCCAAUUCAUGGAGAAUGAUAAUAUUGUGACCGUUGCUUUCUUACACUUAUUAUAUUAUUGUGUUUUAAGUAAAAUACAGGGACAAAUCGAAGAACGAAUUCAGGAUUUUAACCACUUGAGAUCUGAGAUGUAUGCCCUCAUUCAAUCAAAGAAUUGCUUGAAGGAAAAGUAUCUCAGCAUGAAGAAAAUGUGGCAGGAAGUUAACAGCGAGUUGGAAGACUUAAAGUGCGUUACAUCACUACGGGAAUUCAGCACAAAACAUAGUCAAACAGAAGUUAUAAAAAACUACAAGGACAGAGAAUCCAACACGCAAGAUAUCUACCGUGAUUAUUAUAGAAAUAGUGCAACAAUGACGGAUGCAGAAGAAUUAUCGAGACUACUUUUACCUGAAGAAAAGGAAAUAGAAGAAAGGAGUAAAAUACUCGCAGAAGAAAAUGAGAGUAUGAAAAUGCAACUGAAAGAGUAUCGAGAAAGUUUAGAGAUCAUGGAAAAUAAGUUGGACGAUGACAGCAGAGACGGUAUUAUCAAGAAACUGCAAACCGAGAUACAAGAAUUAGCGAGUGUAGAAGCUUCUCUGAAGACCGAAAACGAAAAGCUUAAAAUCGAAUUAGAUCAGCAUAUAAGUCGAACGCAAGAUAUUAUGUGGGAAUUAAAAGCCAGCAAGGAGAAUGAAAAUCAACUGGAGAAAUACAUAACGGAAUUGAAAACAUCACAGAUGGAGAAUAUCGAUGCAGCUAUAGUUAGAGAUGAAUUGAAAAAAUAUAACAGCGAAUUACUGAAAUUAACUACCAAAGCAGAAACUAAGCAAGAGGAACUGUCGAUACUUCAAGAACUCAAAAUAGAAUUUGAGAAAAUUGAGGAUUUAGAAAAGUCAAAUGAAGCUUUGGAAAAAGACAUAGAAAUUCUGCAGACAGAAGAUAAAGAUAAAGAAGUACAAAUUAUGAAGUACACGGAAAUAGUAGGCCAUUUGACUGACGACCUACAAAUUAAGGGUGAAGAGGUACAAUGCCUACAAACUCAAAUCGAAGCCAUUGACUCAGAAAAGAAGGAACAAAAAGAAAUCAUCGAAGCUUUAAGAAUUAAGAUGAAACUAUCCGAACAACAAGCUGAAGAUUAUCUUAAUGAAUUAAACAAUUCCAAGGACUUACUAAGCAUUUUCCGUGAUCGUGUUCAUUCUUUAAAAGUCUUGUUGGAGGAAAAGUCUAAUGAUCUCGUGAAGCUUCAAGUAGAUUAUCAAGUAAUGAAGAAUGACAAUUCUAUUCUAGAAUCAGAAAAGGCCAUGUUAGAAAACAAAGCAAAGGAGUGUAUAUCUGACCUCAAAAAGAGGUUGAAGCAGGUGCAGUUUAAACUCUGCAUAUCAGAAGACAAUUAUUGUAAAGUCACCCAAGACUUUAAUAGGAGUCAGGAAUUACUUAUCCAAGCUACUAAGCGUGAAGUUGAUGUACAACGAGCACUCACGAACUUGGAAAGUGAAUUCUUUGCAAAAGUGGCAAGUGCAGAACAGGAAGAAUCAAGAUUAUGUAAUUUAGCUGAUGAAUUGAGCGGGAAGCUCGAAACAGCACACGAAGAGUUAGCUGCGAAAUCCACAGAACUUUGUCAAGUGCAAAGUUCAUUCAAGUCAUGUAGUGAUCAAUUGAAAACUAGCGAACAAAAUAUUACAUUAUUGAACGAGAAAAUUGCAAGUCUGGAAAGCGAAAAAUGCAAACUAAAACAGGAGUUGCAGGAGUAUAUGAAUGAAAAUACCGCACGUAUUAAAGAAAAUAAUGCAGAUAAACAAAAUGAUUGCAAAUAUAUGUCUGAGUUAAAUGACACUCUAAAAUCCCUCCUGGAAUUGAGGAAGGAGUCUUUGUUGAAAACAAAAUCUCUAGAGGACGUAUCGACUGGAUUAACCCAAACUGCAAUGAGCGGAUCUGAACUUUGCAAUGAAUCGCAGUGCGCGAUUUCAUGCAUACGAGCCUGGAUGGAAGAACAAGUACUGCUUGUUAACACCCUUACUACUAAACUGAAGGCUAAGCAACAGCAGUUGAAGAAAAUUGCAUUCGAAAAAAGAGCUCUUCUUGCCACUCUCAGAGUGUUGAAAAAGGCCAAUUGCAAUUUAUCUCGAAGGCAUAUGAGAUCAUCUGUACCAUCUAAUCGUGGGACAAGGAACAAUUGUACCAGCUGUUGUGCUUCAGCUUCGAGCAUUCCACAGGAUUCAAAUGUACAACAUGGUACGAAUUCAAGUAUUCGUCAUUUACAUCAGAGGUACACUGCAACACCCGUUAGAGUAGCAAGACGAACAUCAGUGCGUGGGAAUUCCUGGUGGUUUCCAAAGUUGGAGCAAUUGACAAAGGAACUAAGAAAGAAUAAUCAAUGGUGGAAUGAAAAUACUUGUAACGGAGCAAGCAGCGACCCUUGUCUAGAAGAGAAUCAUGAUUACGGUUAUCAAUCUUCUACCAGUAAAUGAGCUGCCCAAGAUAUGUCAGCGAGAGGUUUAAUCAUAUGGAUGAGCAAGCUGAAUUUCAAGAAAAGUAUCUUGAUCAAUUCUCAUAAAAUGGUUAUUGCAAACAAAUAGCAAUGCCAUUGAUCCAUAUCAGAUAAUUAUUCUGAAUGACACGUAUUUACCGUCUGAACAUUAUAUAUCUUCAUUCAUGUGUUGUCUUUUUAUAUACAUAUUAAUAAUUAUAUCUUUUACAACAUACAACUGUUUCUUCUUCCUGCUCUACACUUACGUGAUGAUUGUUGCGUUUCCGUUAUUCAACAAAAGUAUUUUUAUGAUGAACAUCGAUA